AAAUAUAUUGAAAAUGGUAAAACAAAGGAUUGUUUUAUAUUUUCUUUUAAAAAUAAGGAUGAUUUUAAAAACCCAAUUUUAAGUCAUAUAGAAAAUAUGGACUAUGCAUUGGUUUAUCGCAGUACAUAUGGUCCUGCAUUUAGUAAUGACAUUGCAAUAGUUGUGAGUACAAGUAAUGAUUCAGAAAGUUAUAAACAUUGUCAGUGUCAACAAAAAAGAUACGAAAAAAAGAUAAGAGAGUCAGAAGAUUUAUUUUUAAUAGAAGAAUAUGAAGUAUUUCAAAUUUUAAAAAGAAAUGUUUAAUGUUUAAAUAUGAAUAACGGCUAUCUUAAAUUCUUUAAAAUUUGAAUAUUUCCAAGAAAUUUAU